AUGACAACAAAUGCUGCGAAAGAUGCGAUUCUAAAUGGAACUCUUAACGAAUUCCCUGAAGGAACACCACAAAAACUAGCGCAAUAUGUGAAAGAUAAGUUGUGGCAGGCCGACCCGGAUAAGCGAGAGGACAUGGCUCAUAUCAAACCGUGGUUGGAGAUAUUCACUGGCCUCUCCCUGGUUGUUGAUCGGAAGGGACAAGCAUAA